AAAAUGGCAAAGCAGAGGAAAGAAGAGGGCAGCGCCAAUGUUUUGUCCAUGUUUGAACAAAGCCAGAUUCAGGAAUUUAAGGAAGCAUUCACUAUCAUGGAUCAGAACCGAGAUGGCUUCAUUGACAAGGCUGACCUGAGAGACACUUUUGCUGCACUGGGGCGUAUGAAUGUUAAAAUGGAAGAGUUGGAAGCAAUGAUCAAGGAAGCUCCAGGUGCCAUCAACUUUACUGUCUUCCUUACGAUGUUUGGUGAGAAACUGAAAGGCACUGAUCCAGAAGAAAUCAUUUUGAAUGCUUUUAGAGUUUUUGAUCGAGAAGGAAAAGGUUACAUAAAAGCCGAUUAUAUGAAAGAGGUGCUCAUGACGCAGGCAGACCGGUUCACUGAGGAAGAGGUGAAGCAGACCUUCAGUGCUUUUCCUCCAGAUCCCUCUGGUUAUCUUGAUUACAAGAAUCUUGUUUACGUUAUUACCCACGGGGAAGAGAACGAUUAA